GCCAUUGGUAGAAGGGGAAAGUGACGCUGGGAAAUUCUGGAAGGUUCGGAGCCGGUAUAUAAAGCGAGCCGGCCGGAAUUACAGUCUCAUUCUCCUCGACUUCAGCUCGGAGACGGCGAGCAGCUCAGCAACGGCAAGACCCAGAAAAACAGAUAACCAUGUCUAAAGGACCAGCAGUCGGUAUUGAUCUUGGCACCACUUACUCCUGUGUGGGAGUCUUCCAGCAUGGGAAAGUGGAAAUCAUUGCCAACGACCAGGGCAACAGAACAACCCCCAGUUAUGUGGCCUUCACAGACACCGAAAGGCUCAUCGGUGAUGCAGCCAAGAACCAGGUUGCAAUGAACCCCACAAACACCGUUUUUGAUGCCAAGCGUCUGAUUGGUCGCAGGUUCGAGGAUGCCGUUGUGCAGUCUGACAUGAAGCACUGGCCUUUCAAUGUCGUCAGUGAUGGGGGCAGGCCAAAGGUCGAGGUCGAAUACAAAGGAGAAACAAAGUCCUUCUACCCUGAGGAGGUGUCUUCUAUGGUUCUAGUAAAAAUGAAGGAAAUUGCUGAGGCUUACCUUGGCAAGACCGUGUCAAAUGCCGUUAUCACUGUCCCAGCUUACUUCAAUGACUCCCAGCGCCAGGCAACAAAGGAUGCCGGCACCAUCUCUGGUCUGAACGUCUUGCGUAUCAUCAAUGAGCCAACUGCUGCCGCCAUUGCUUAUGGUUUGGAUAAGAAGGUUGGCGCAGAGAGAAAUGUGCUCAUUUUUGAUCUUGGUGGUGGUACUUUUGAUGUUUCCAUCCUGACCAUUGAGGAUGGUAUCUUUGAAGUAAAGUCAACAGCUGGUGACACUCACUUGGGUGGUGAAGACUUUGAUAACCGCAUGGUGAACCACUUUGUCGCUGAAUUCAAGAGGAAGCACAAGAAGGACAUCAUUGACAACAAGAGAGCUGUUCGCCGUCUCCGCACGGCCUGUGAACGUGCAAAGCGUACCCUUUCAUCAAGCACCCAGGCCAGCAUCGAAAUCGAUUCUCUGUAUGAAGGUAUCGACUUCUACACGUCCAUCACAAGAGCCCGUUUUGAGGAACUCAACGCUGAUCUCUUCAGAGGCACCCUGGACCCCGUAGAAAAGUCCCUCCGUGAUGCCAAGCUGGACAAGUCCCAGAUCCAUGACAUCGUGCUGGUUGGUGGCUCCACCCGUAUCCCCAAAAUCCAGAAGCUUCUUCAGGACUUCUUCAAUGGAAAGGAGCUGAACAAGAGCAUCAACCCUGAUGAGGCUGUCGCUUACGGUGCAGCUGUGCAGGCGGCCAUCCUCUCUGGUGACAAGUCUGAGAAUGUCCAGGACCUCCUGCUGCUCGAUGUCACUCCUCUGUCUCUGGGUAUUGAGACCGCCGGUGGUGUCAUGACUGUCCUGAUCAAGCGUAACACAACCAUCCCCACAAAGCAGACCCAGACCUUCACCACCUACUCCGAUAACCAGCCCGGUGUGCUGAUCCAGGUGUACGAGGGUGAAAGAGCCAUGACAAAGGAUAACAACCUGUUGGGUAAAUUCGAGCUGACUGGCAUCCCUCCAGCUCCCCGUGGUGUUCCUCAGAUCGAGGUGACAUUUGACAUCGACGCCAACGGUAUCUUGAACGUGUCUGCCGUGGACAAGAGCACCGGCAAAGAGAACAAGAUCACAAUCACCAACGACAAAGGUCGUCUGAGCAAGGAAGACAUCGAGCGCAUGGUCCAGGAAGCCGAGAAGUACAAGGCUGAGGACGAGAAGCAGAGGGACAAAGUCUCAUCCAAGAACUCCUUGGAGUCCUACGCAUUCAACAUGAAGGCUACCGUGGAAGAUGAGAAACUCCAAGGCAAGAUCAGCGAUGAGGACAAACAGAAGAUCCUGGACAAAUGCAACGAGGUCAUCUCCUGGCUGGACAAAAACCAGACUGCAGAGAAGGAAGAGUUUGAACACCAGCAGAAGGAGCUGGAGAAGGUCUGCAACCCCAUCAUUACCAAGCUGUACCAGAGUGCGGGUGGCAUGCCAGGGGGUAUGCCCAGCGGCUUCCCCGGUGCUGGCGGAGCCCCCUCCGGAGGAGGAGCGUCAUCCGGCCCCACCAUUGAAGAGGUCGAUUAAUCGAACUGGAAAGGCAUUCGUUCCUCCAGGGGUUACUUUCUUUUUUUUCGCUCUGGGGCACAAUUUGUAUCGAAUGGUUGUUCAAAGUUUAUUUCCCACACGAGCUGCUGUAAGUUUAUUUGGGGCAUUAAUACUUGAAGUCACUCCACGUUGCAGGAGAUAAGAACGCCAUUGCACUUUAUCUGUACUGUAACAAACUGGGUCCAGGCGAAUAAAAAAACUAUUUGGCAACAUA